AUGGGUCAGCACAGCCGCCGCGAGUCCUACCCUUCAACCACCUCCUCCCGCUUGGACUUACACCUCCACGCCCAACGCCGCCUCGAUGCCGCCGCCGCUGCCACCGACGACCUCUCAUGGCCCUUCGGCAAACUGUCGAGCUUAGAAGCCGACGCCGUGAGGGAGACGGCGUACGAGAUAUUCUUCACCUCGUGCCGGUCGUCGCCGGGGUUCGGUGGACGUCACGCGCUGACAUUUUAUUCGAACCAUGAGAAUGGUGGCGAGGGAGGGAAGACGAACCAGGUGGUGACGAAGCCCACGAGCAGGGUGAAGAGGAUCUUGGGGUUGAAGAUGCUCAAGAGAUCUCCGUCGAGGAGAAUGGGGAAUAAUGGAGGCUCUUCAACGCCUUCUUCGCCGGUGGGUGGAUCUGGCAGCCCUUUGGCAAACACCGUCCCGGCGUUCAGACCCCGGCGGCCCAUGACGGCGGCGGAGAUUAUGCGGCAGCAGAUGAGAGUGACGGAGCAUGAUGAUAAUAGGUUGAGGAAGACCCUCAUGAGGACCUUCGUUGGCCAAAUGGGAAGGCGGGCAGAAACUAUCAUUCUUCCAUUGGAAUUGCUACGCCACGUAAAGCCUUCAGAAUUUAGUGAUUCCCAUGAGUAUCAUAUGUGGCAAAAGAGGCAACUCAAAGUCCUUGAGGCUGGGCUUCUUCUAUACCCAUCAAUCCCUUUGGAAAAGAGCAACACAUUUGCUGCGCGCCUUAGGGACAUCAUAAGUAGUGGAAACUCCAAACCUAUAGACACGGGCAAAAACUCUGAUACCAUGAGAACCCUUUGCAACUCAGUGGUUUCCUUGUCAUGGAGAAGCCACAAUGGUACUCCCACUGAUGUUUGCCACUGGGUUGAUGGAUUUCCCUUCAACAUUCACCUUUAUACCUCUCUUCUUCAGUCCAUUUUUGAUGUCAGGGAUGAAACAUUAGUGCUAGAUGAGGUUGAUGAGCUACUUGAGCUUAUGAAGAAAACAUGGUCAACAUUUGGUAUCACCUUGCCAAUUCACAACGCAUGCUUCACUUGGGUUCUGUUUCAGCAGUACAUAGCCACUGGCCAGAUUGAACCUGACCUUCUUUGUGCCACACAUGCCAUGUUGAAUGAGGUGGCAAACGAUGCUAAGAGAGAAAAGGAAUCUUUUUACGUUAAGAUACUGUCAUCAAUGUUGAACUCAAUGCAUGGAUGGGCAGAGAAGAGAUUGCUCAAUUACCAUGAUUAUUUCCAAAGAGGGAAUGCUGGCCAAAUUGAAAACCUUCUUCCUGUGGUGUUGACAACCUCAAAGAUUUUAGGUGAAGAUCUUACAAUCAUUGAUGGGGAAAGAGGAGAGAAAGGAGACAUAACCAUAGUGGAUUCAUCCGGUGAUCGGGUUGAACAAUAUAUCCGUUCUUCCAUGAAAAAUGCAUUUGAUAAGGCAUUAGAGGCAGUGAAUGCCAAGCUUGCUGAAUAUGAAAGAAGGCAAGAAUUAAGUGAAGUUCUUAUUCAACUAGCUCAGGAAAUUGAAGUGUUAGCGAUGAAAGAAAGGCAUCAUUUUAGUCCAAUACUAAGGAAAUGGCACUCAACAUCAGGUGCAGUUGCAGCAAUGAUGCUACACACCUGCUAUGGGCAAGUGUUGAGGCAAUACAUAAGUGAAAUGACCUCACUAACAGCUGAGUCAGUUCAGGUAAUGCAGAGGGCUGGAAAGCUAGAAAAGGUAAUCGUCCAAAUGGUAGUUGAAGACUCUACAGAGUGUGAUGAUGGUGGAAAAACAUUAUUCAGAGAGAUGGUUCCCUUUGAUGUUGAUUCAGUCAUAUUGAGUCUUUUAGGAAAAUGGAUUGAUGAAUCAUUAUACAAAGGCAAAGAGUGUGUGCAGAGGGCAAAAGAAACUGAAACGUGGAAUCCAAAGUCUAAAUCAGAGCCAUAUGCACAAUCAGCUGCAGAGCUAAUGGCAUUGGUGGAAACAACUGUGGAAGAAUUCUUCCAAGUUCCCAUAGCAAUUACAGAAGAUUUAGUUCAAGAUCUUGCUGAUGGGUUGGAAAAUCUCUUCCAGGACUACGUGAAGUUUGUUGCAGCAUGUGGUUCAAAACAAAGUUACGUUCCCUUACUUCCCCCACUGACAAGAUGCAACCGAGAUUCAAAAUUCAUCAAGUUAUGGAAGAAAGCCGCUCCAUGCAGUGCUGGUUUUGAAGAUCAUUCACAACACCUUAAUGGAAUACAUGAAGGUCAUAAUUCUCGGUCAUCAAGUAGUCGUGGCACACAGCGCCUCUACUUUCGUCUGAACACCUUGCACUAUCUCCUUACACAAAUACAUUCUCUUGAAAAAUCACUCUCUAUGAACCCAAGAAUUGUUCCGUCUAAUCGCCUUCGCUUUGCAAACAAUCGCAAGGCUCAAAGUAAUAUUUCUUCAUACUUUGAAAUAGUGAAUUUGUCCAUUCUAGCAGCAUGCCAACAUGUCUCAGAAGUUGCAGCAUAUCGUCUUAUAUUCCUUGAUUUAAGUUCAUCCUUUUAUGACAACCUCUAUAUUGGUGGUGUAUCAAGAGGUCAUAUUAGACCUGCAUUGAGAACCCUUAAGCAGAUUAUCUCACUAACGACUACAGUUCUAACAGAUAGAGCUCAGCCAUUGGCAUUAAAGGAAGUUAUGAAAGCUUCCUUUGAUGCAUUCCUUAUGGUUUUGCUUGCUGGUGGAAGCUCUCGAGUGUUUAAUCGGUAUGACCAUGAAACCAUCCAAGAGGAUUUUGAGAAUUUGAAGAAAGUUUUUAGCAACAGCAUAGAAGGAUUGGUAGCAGAAAAUGUGGUGGAUGGAGAGGCUGCAGUGGUGGAAGGAGUAAUUGCAUUGAUGGGCCAAAGUACUGAACAAUUGAUGGAAGAUUUCAGCAUUAUGACUUGUGAGUCAAGUACAAUUGGUCUCAUGGGUAAUGGACAGAAGUUGCCAAUGCCUCCUACUACAGGAAAAUGGAAUAGAACAGAUCCUAACACAAUAUUAAGGGUGUUGUGCCAUAGAAAUGACCGAACUGCCAAUUUGUUCUUAAAGAAAACAUUCCAAUUGGCAAAGAGGAGAUCAUAA